UCACUGGACGCCCCCGGCCAGGCCCCCGUCAGGACGGGGCGGGGUGAUGAAGAGGCCAGCCGGGGCGGCCCUUGUCUCGGCCUGCCAGCGGCGGACGGAGCGGUUGGACGGAGCAGGCCCUGACCCGAGGAAGAUGCAUGUUGUUCAGCGGCCGCUCCUGGGCUUCCUGUGUGGCCCCUGGCUGUUGGUGAGUCUGGCCCUGCCGCCCAGCCGAGCCCCCACCAGGCAGAGUCCACCAUCGCCCAACCUUCACUUCCGACUGGCCGGCUAUCCCCGUAAGCACAACGAAGGCCGCGUCGAGGUUUUCUACGACCAGGAAUGGGGCACCAUCUGUGACGACGACUUCACGCUGGCCAACGCCCACAUCCUCUGCCGGCAUUUGGGGUUUGUGGCUGCCACAGGCUGGACUCACAGUGCGAAAUAUGGCAAAGGAGUUGGGCGCAUCUGGCUGGACAAUGUGAGCUGCAGUGGCCAUGAGAAGAGCAUCACAGAGUGCCAGUCGCGGGGCUGGGGCAACAGUGACUGCUCCCACGAGGAGGACGCGGGUGUUGUCUGCAAGGACGAGCGCAUCGCCGGCUUCACUGACUCCAAUAUGAUUGAGGCAGAGCAGAACCAGGUGGAAGAGGUACGCCUGCGCCCAGUGGUGUCUCAGGCCAAGCGCCCUCUGCCCGUCACGGAGGGCAUUGUGGAAGUCCGCCACAAGAGCAGCUGGGCCCAGAUCUGCGACGAGAACUGGGGAAGCCAGGAAAGCCGCGUGGUUUGCGGGAUGCUGGGCUUCCCAGCCGAGAGGAAGGCGAACCGCAACUUCUACAAGCUGUACCUGCAGCGCCAGCAGCACCAGUUCCGCCUGCGCUCGGUCGCUUGUGCUGGGGACGAGAUGCACCUUUCCACCUGCUCCUUUGAGUUCUACAAGGGCAACGUCACGGGGGCUUGCAGAGGCGGCAUGCCAGCCGUGGUGAGUUGUGUGCCAGGCCCCCUCUUUGCUGGAGGAAACGCUCAGAAAAAGAGGCGGGGGCAGCAGCCGCAGCGACAGCAGCGGGUCCGGCUGAAAGGGGGGGCCAAGAUUGGCGAGGGCCGGGUGGAGGUGCUCAAGAACGGCGAGUGGGGCACCGUCUGUGACAACCGCUGGAACCUGCUGUCAGCCAGCGUGGUCUGCCGUGAGCUGGGCUUUGGCAGCGCCAAGGAAGCCCUGACAGGAGCACGCAUGGGCCAAGGGAUGGGCCAGAUCCACCUGAGCGAGGUCCAGUGCCUGGGCUCAGAAAAGUCUCUCUGGAGCUGCCCACACAAGAACAUCACCCAGCAGGACUGCAAGCACUCGGAGGAUGCGGGCGUCCGCUGCAAUGUGCCUUACAUGGCCCACGAGACCACGAUCCGCCUGAGUGGGGGCCGGAGCCGUUUUGAGGGGCGAGUCGAAGUAGCCUUGGCAGCCAGGGGCAACCGUGCCCGCCAGUGGGGACUGAUCUGCGGAGAAGGCUGGGGGACCCUGGAAGCGAUGGUGGCCUGCCGCCAGCUGGGCCUGGGCUUCGCCAACCACGGCUUGCAAGAAACCUGGUACUGGGACGGCAGCAACGUGACCGAAAUGGUGCUGAGCGGGGUGAGGUGUGCCGGGCAUGAGAUGACACUGAGCCACUGCCAGCACGACAGCAGAGUUUCCUGCCGGAAGACGGGGACCCGCUUUGCUGCCGGCGUCAUCUGCUCCGAGACUGCCUCAGAUCUGCUGCUCCAUGCGGCACUGGUGCAAGAGACGGCGUACAUCGAAGACCGCCCUCUGCACAUGCUCUACUGCGCAGCGGAAGAGAACUGCCUGUCCAGCACUGCCCGCAGCGCCAACUGGCCUUACGGACACCGCCGGCUGCUGCGCUUCUCUUCCCAGAUCCACAACAACGGCCGGGCCGACUUUCGGCCCAAGGCAGGACGCCACUCCUGGGUCUGGCACGAGUGCCACGGGCACUACCACAGCAUGGACGUCUUCACGCACUACGACCUCCUGACACUCAACGGGACCAGGGUGGCCGAAGGGCACAAAGCCAGCUUCUGCCUGGAGGACACAGAAUGCGAAGAAGAGGUAGGCAAACGCUACGAAUGUGCCAACUUUGGGGAGCAGGGCAUCACGGUGGGCUGCUGGGACCUGUACAGGCACGAUAUUGACUGCCAAUGGAUCGACAUAACAGAUGUCAAACCUGGGAACUACAUCCUGCAGGUGGUGAUCAACCCCAGGAACGAAGUGGCAGAGAGCGAUUUCACCAACAACGCCAUGAAAUGCAGCUGCAAGUAUGACGGACACCGGAUCUGGGUGCAUCGCUGCCACAUAGGUGACGCCCUGAGCAACGAGGCCGACGGGACCUCCGAACAAUACCCUGGACAGAGCAACAACCAGGUUGUAUAGGUGGCAGCUGCCUCCUCCUCCUGGGCACAAGGCGGGCAGGCGCCACCAGUGGCACAGCAGCGGGCAAGAGGGCUCGAUACCUCCGUUUCCCCCCCCCCCCCCCGACAAUUCAGCAGUUGUCUUGCCAUGAGGCGGGAGUGACUCCUCCUGGGCAGCUGCAAGGUGCUACCCGUCCCAACGGCUCAGCCCGACCAGACUUCUGCUCCACGGCUCUCCCUCCCUGGCAUUCUUCCCAGACGACAGUUCCUUCUCCGACCACAAGAGGCGCUGCAGGCAUCCCAAGACAGCUGCUCCUGCAUCUAAGCUGGGAAGGGGCGGGUUGCUGCUCAGCCACGCCACCUUUCUCUGGGGCUUCAGCACUGCCUGUGUUGGGGCCGGCCUGGGCCCUCCUAUAUAAAGUUAAUUGUCUGUGUCCCCAGGUUUGUCCUGACUCAGUGGUCUGGGAGAGGGAGGAGGCCAUUGCUGCCUUGGCGUUUCCUCCAUCCUGCCCCCAGGCCUGUGCAGCAAGAAUGGGGCAGAGCC